UGUGAAGCAAAGGGCUUAGUAUUUAUGAAGCAUCAACUGAUCAUCUGAGCCAAGAAACAAGGACACUUUUCUAAAGAGCAAAACAUUUUGUAGUAUAAACAAAAAAAGACAAGAUCAGCAUCCCAGCAUUAUAAGUUGAAAGAUCAGAGGUGGAAAAAACAGAAAAUGUAUAUUUAUAAGAUUAUAUAACAAAUCUGAAUCCAGUCUGCAUCAUUGUGUGUCAACAAUCUCCUCAUUUUAUCAGGACUCUACCUCCAACACCAUCUGUAUUUAUAUAAUAUAUUGAGCUGAAGGAGGCUGGACUGGAAACAAUCUAUGCAUUUGAGUAAUCACUGAAUCUGACCCACAAGCUGUCAGCGUUUGGGAGACGCCACCUGCAGCUCCGAAUCAGAGCGCGCAGGAGGCGUUUCACCUCGACUCUUACUGUGUUCCUACCAGCUGCCUCUGCCUGAACUUUUCUACAUCAUGGAGAACUUGUUGUUUUCACUGAUGAAUGUCAUGUUGAAACUCUGCUUACAGAGGCCACGUUGCUACGCUAUUUAUUUGUGUAAAUAUUGUAUCUGAAUAAUAGAACUCUUGAUAUGUUUGCUUAAUUUUACUACUGAGAAUUAAAUAAUAAAGAACGUGAUGCGGAAACGUGCCGAGUUCAGCGUUUGUGGUUUUGAUGAUGAUCUUAGUGGAGUGAAAAACUUUGUAAAUGACCCGCACAGCAACUUCUGCAUUUAGCAGAACCCCUUACAAAGGUGAGUAGAAACCGUAGGGCAGUUUCAUCUUGUAUUGCAGAAAUUCAAGCCUCCACCGCAUAUCGCACAUGUCAAAGGAAGAUUUUUGCAUUAACUCACUAACUUUUGUAUGGAAUUAACAGAGCAGAAAUGACUGAACAUUAUUUGCACUUUCACUAAAUAUCAAGUAGAUGUGAUAAAAACAACCUGCAUCUUAAUCAGCUUUGAACCUCACAGUAGUGUUUCUUCGUUAUGUAAGGCUUUGCCACGUGUUUGCUGCGUCUCGUCCAGCUCUCUGAAGAGAUCCAGAUGUAGACUUUCGAGAAAUCUCCAAAGCAUCCGACCUCUGGCGCCUAGAAGCCAAUCACUGCAGGCAACAGAAAGGAAAACAAGAGAUUACAUCUGUGCUUCCACGGGACACAUUCAGAAAAAUGUGACUUUGCCUUACAUAUCGUGUAUUCUUGUUAAAUAAGAAAAUCCUUUGUCGUAAUGUAAAAAAAAGCUGAAGAAUAAUAAAGAAAACUGAGCAAAACAGCGACACAAACAGGGGUUUGACAUCUGUAAAACAUUUAUUCUCCCUGUUAUAAGUUUUCCUUUUACAUUCUGCCUUCACUUCGUCACGUGGGACCAAACAGUCUGCGCCUGAGUCUUUGCUCAGACCUGAGAGGAGCUGCAGCAGCAACUCAGUUUGUUCGCUGUGGAUUUCAGGUUUUUCCUCCUCAGUCAUGGAUCUUAGAGGGCUUCAGGCGACACUUUGUCUUCUUCUGCUGCUGCACAGCUCACUGCAGCAGACGUCCCCCAAGAAGAGAAACGGAAAGAAAGACUAUGUAACAAGUGAUGCGAUUGAGAAGCUGCAGAAACAGAUUGAUGACAUCGUUCGGGAGCUGAACCUGCUGAAAGAGCACCAAGCUUUACAGACAGUUUGUCUGAAAGGCACAAAGGUCCUGGGAAAGUGUCUCCUGGCCGAUCCAGUGAAGAAGACCUACCACGCAGCCUACGAUGACUGCAUCGCCAAGGGAGGCAGCCUGAGCACCCCGCUGACGGCAGACGAGAACGACCAGCUUCACAGCUAUGUUCGCCAGAGCGUUGGGCUGGAGGAGCACAUCUGGCUGGGCGUCAAUGACAUGGUGACGGACGGACACUGGGUGGACCAGACGGGCUCCAGCGUACGCUUCAAGAACUGGGAGACUGAGAUCACCCACCAGCCCGACGGAGGACACGCCCAGAACUGCGCCAUCUUGUCCACCACAGCCAAUGGGAAGUGGUUCGAUGAGAACUGCAGAGCUGAAAAGGCCUCUGUGUGUGAGUUUAACAUCGUCUGAGAGUUUUACUGCUGCUCUUUAGACUCUGAUAUCUCUCUAUGCAGAUGAUAUUAGCGUUAAACUGAAACAGAUUUAAGCUGCAGUUUUCCUUAGACCUCUGUUUCUACAGGUCAUUAUAAGAACAGAACAUUAAAUGACACAGUAUAAGCUAGUCACUGGAACCUUUAUGUGAAUUAUAAAAAUACUCGUGUUUAUGUUAAAAUAAUUAGUUAUCUUUGAACAUAUCAGUAUGGCUUGCCUGUGUGUUGUGUGCUGUAUGUAAUAAAAUCUGCUUUGUAACUGAAGAACAA